CUCUCUCUCUCUCUCUCUCCGACGACGACGACGACGACGACGCGCACGACCCACUGACGCCGCCGCAUUCUCUUCCAUUGCCGGAGUCGUCAUCAUCAUCAUCGCCUCUUCUCCAUAACUUUCGUCUCCUUGCGCCUUCGACGAUCCUUUUGUUGUCAUUUCCCCUACGCGAAAAAGUGGCAUGGAGACAAAAGCUGGACAAAAUGGUACAGAUUUACCCAAAGCAGAAAUAGACACAAGAGCACCUUUUAAAUCUGUCAAAGCUGCUGUCAGCCUAUUUGGUGAGGUAGCAUUUACAUCUGAUAGAUCUACUGUGAGAAAGCCAAAGCCUCCGCCCCCUGAGAGUGGUUUACCUAAGGAGACACAGCUUCACUUGGCUAAGAAGGAGCUUAAUAAGUACAGAGAACAGCUUGACAAUGCUGCAAAAACUAGGACCCAUGCGCUUGUUGAGUUAGAGAGGGUGAGAAGAACUUUUGAAGAACUGACAAACAAGCUCAAUGCUGUAAAUGAAUCGAAGGAACUGGCUCUAAAAGCGACUGACGUUGCAAAAGCUCAGACCAAGAAUCUUGAAGAUGUGAGCUCUGUCGAGACUAAUGGUCAUGAUGGUGGCUGGGAACAGGAAUUCAACAAUGCAAGGGAGCAGUAUGCGAUUGUCGUUGUGGAGCUUAAUGCAGCAAAACAAGAACUCAGGAGGAUCAGGAAGGAUUUUGAGGCAUCAACGGAAGCAAAGCUGACCGCCAUUUAUCAAGAAGCCAAAGCGAAUCAGCUUCUUGAUGCCUGCAAUGAGAAUGUUGCUCAGCUUUCUAUGGAGAUUAGAACUUCUCAGGAAUCACUUGCGGAUGUAAAGCUUGUCACAGAGCAAGCCCAGCAGGAAGAAUCAAAUAUUCGCUCUGAGAAAGACUCUUCCAAACAGGCCUGCAAACAAGCGCUAGAAGAAACUGAGAGGAAAAUGGCAUCUCUGAAGAAAGAAUCUGAUCCUCAAGUUCUUAAGAACCUAGAGGCCAAGCUGGCCGAAACGGCUUCUGAGAUUGGAGCUGUGAAGAAGGAAAUGGAAGUUGCCCGUGCUUCAGAUUUGGAGCUUUUUACGGCCAUGGGCGCUGAGCUUGAUGGUGCUAAAGGGAUGCUGCAGAAACUGGCUGAAGAAGAGAGUUGGUUCAGGAGUUUGGUGGACUCCCUUACGCUGGAGUUGGGAGCUGUAAAGAAUGAGCGCGCAGAGCUCAAAGAGAAGGAUGCAGAAACUGGAUAUGUUGUCAGUAACCUUAACCUCAAAAUUCAGAAAUGCAAAGCUGAGCUCGAGGCCGCCAUGGCUGCAGACUCGAAGGCAACUUCAGCAUCGGAUGACCUAGUGUCAGCUCCCCAGCAGCUGUCAUCUGCAGAAAAGAAGAAAAGUGGCGAAGAGCUAAGAGAUGAAGCAGAAAAGAAGCUGCAGGGAGCCCCGACGGAUGCUGAUGUUGCUGUAGCAUCAGAGACUAACGUAACAAUCUCAAAAGAAGAGUACGAGUCAUUGACAUGCAAGGUGGAGGAGUCUGAAAGGUUGAUGGAGAGCAAGGUUGCUGCUGCAAUGGCACAGGUGGAAGAGCUAAGAGAUGAAGCAGAAAAGAAGCUGCAGGGAGCCCCGACGGAUCCUGAUGUUGCUGUAGCAUCAGAGGCUAACGUAACAAUCUCAAAAGAAGAGUACGAGUCAUUGACAUGCAAGGUGGAGGAGUCUGAAAGGUUGAUGGAGAGCAAGGUUGCUGCUGCAAUGGCACAGGUGGAAGAGCUAAGAGAUGAAGAAAAGAAGCUGCAGGGAGCCCCGAUGGAUGCUGAUGUUGCUGUAGCAUCAGAGGCUAACGUAACAAUCUCAAAAGAAGAGUACGAGUCACUGACAUGCAAAGUGGAGGAGUCUGAAUGGUUGAUGGAGAGCAAGGUUGCUGCUGCAAUGGCACAGGUGGAAGAGCUAAGAGAUGAAGAAAAGAAGCUGCAGGGAGCCCCAAUGGAUGCUGAUGUUGCUGUAGCAUCAGAGGCUAACGUAACAAUCUCAAAAGAAGAGUACGAGUCACUGACAUGCAAAGUGGAGGAGUCUGAAUGGUUGAUGGAGAGGAAGGUUGCUGCUGCAAUGGCACAGGUGGAAGUCGUGAGAGCCAGUGAAAAUGAGGUAAGCAAGAAACUUGAGGCAGCUCAGAAGGAGAUGGAGGAGAUAGAGGCAGCAACAAAGGUGGCACUGAAGCGGGCAGAAAUGGCUGAGGCUGCAAAGAAUGCAGUGGAAGGAGAGCUUAGGAGGUGGCGAGAUAAGGCACAGCAAAGGGCUGGUGAGACACACCAAUCAGCAGGAGCAUUGCCACCGAGGCCCACAGUUCAUAAUGUGAAGCCAGGAGAGAAGAGUGAAGAGCACCGAAAGGUUCUUAAAGCAAUGGCUUCGAGGAAGACAUUCCUGUCCAACCUCAGCGGUAUACUUCACAGGAAGAAGAGCCCCGUCGAUGGUGGUGGUUCCCCAUCUCAUCCCCCAGGCGAGAAGCCUCUGUGAUCGUGUGCUCUGCUUCUCAUUUUGAAACUGCGGAGAUCAUGCGCAGGCUUUUCUUUUUGUUUGGUGACUUGGAGGUGUUCCUCCGUGGGGUAUGAGUCCCUAACACGGUCGUGUCCCAAUCUGUG